AUGAUCGCUCGUUGUCAGGCUAAAUGCUGGGUGGUCCAUUUGAAAGAAGAGAAUCAGAAUCUUCAGUUGCCGCACUCCCAACGGGGAUUCAAAGGUCAUAUCAUUAUCUAUCCUCAGAAUCCUUCUGAAUUAGUACAUGUUCUUCCUCCUGCACUCGAUGAGGUAUCCAUGCUAGUAUGUGUGCUUUUUGUGGGAUCGAAGCCUCCUUCCGCAGAGUGGUUACGUACGAAGGUGAGACCUCUCAUCAUCAGGCGUGAGUGGGUGCGUCGCGCUUUACAAUGGCUUGUGGAACAUAACCCUUUGUAUGCGAAAGUUAUCGUUGAUCAUAAUUGUCUCAACAGUUUGGAAGAAGAACAGACAUUGCCUGUGCAUAUUCAACAUGUAUUGUCUGAGCAAUCUGAUGAUGUUCUUACAUCCAAGUAUGAUGCCCCGUCUUUGGAAUCCGAACGGAUGGUUAAUCCUUCCAAUGCUACGGACAACACCGUACUGUUUGCCAAUGUGGUGGUCACAGAUGUAGAUGCACACGCACCUGCUAAUAAAUUACGAGUGGCUGCAUUACGACAUGUGAAACAGCAUGGUGAAGGAUAUAUCAAAGUGCCACAUGGUCCUCAGCCUGUCAAUGAGUUCUUCAAUCUGCAGUUGUUUCCAAUGAUUUAUCCAACUUUGUUUCCCUAUGGUAUAGGUGGUUUUGAGGAUUCGAUUCGCACUACUAGGAUAUCUCUGAAAAGGCAUGUCAAGCACUUA